AUUCAUUGUACAGUGCAGAGUUUCUCGCUUUAUAUCUACAACAACGUACUUGAAAGCACAUGCUUAUAUGUGAUCCCGGCAGAGGCAUAUUUGUGCAAUGUCGAGUGCUAUAGAUUGCAUCACAGAAGGCAACGUCUGGAAGCUAAAGCAGCUCAUUCCAACGCUCGGCACGAAACACCUCAAUCUGGGGCUUAUACAGGCAGCUAAACUAGGUACCACAGAAUGUUGUCAGUGCCUGAUAGGCGCUGGAGCGGAAAUCAACUUCGUCAGCAACGCCAACUACACACCUCUUACAACCGCCAUCAAACACAACAAACCGGAAGUUGUGCGGCUGCUUCUCUCAUCCGGGUGUUCUGCGGAAAACAAAGGCGGACUAAACAGCUAUCCGCUUCAUAUCGCGGUACAACAAGGCUUUGAAAAGUGCGUAAACUUGCUACUGGAAUACGAUGCCUCAGUAAAUGUCAAGGAUGCUGAAGGUAAUACACCAAUAGUGCUAAGUGCUAUUUACGGUCAUUACGGGGCAAUGAGAAGUCUGCUUCAAGCCGGUUGUAAUAUAAAUGCCGCAAACAAACAUGGCUUGACAGCGUUGCAUUACGCCUGCCACAAAGCUCGUGGGUUCCAAGUGCUCUUGGACGCUGGGGCGGACCCGGAUGUAAGGGAUAAUGACAAUAUAACACCUAUAUUAAUGGCGGCAUCUGAAGGAUUCGAUGUCGUUGUGAAGGCCUUGGUAGAAGCUAAAUGUGAUGUGAAUAUUCCGAAUAACUCUGUUAAAAAGACUGCGUUACAUAUCCUGUCUUUUAAAGGUCACACCGAAUGUAUUAAUGCGCUGGUGUUUGGAGGCGCGGACAUAAACGCGUGCGAUGUCUAUAAAAGAACACCGCUGUGGUAUGCCAUACACAAUAAUAAAGUGAACGUAGUAAGGUUGCUAUUAAAAGCCUACAGUCACGUCGACACUUUCCAAUGCGGUGCCACUUCUACAUCAGACGACUGCCCAGCUCGUUUAGCGUUUCACAAUAAUAUGUUUGAUGUCAUAAAAUUCUUUAUUUUAACUGGAUAUGAUCAUUCUCACGUAAGAGAAAUUUUACAAAGUAACGCGUAUUCAGAUUGGCUGUUGUCAGUGGAAGAGUUUUACCAUUGGUCCGAUUUUGGAACUGGUGCGCAGACUUUGAAACAACUAUGUCGUAAGUGGAUUCGACAUCAUCUUGGGCGACAGUUUUACCACCACCUGCAAAUUCUACCUGUUCCGGAUAUAAUCAAGAGUUAUUUGUAUUUAGAAGAAUUACACGACCAUUAA